CCGCCCCUGGUUCCCCCGGGCCCCAAGCCGUGCCCAUGGCGUCCGCCACGGCCGUUUUGCGGUCCCUGCUGCGCCUGGCACACCGUGCGCAGCGUUGCCCUGCAGAGCUGGUGCCGUUGCUGGGCAGUGCGCCGAAGGUGUGGAACUGGGAGGAGAAACGUGUGGUGGUGCCGCCCCAGAGGCCCUUCAUCUGGUGCGACGAGCUGCUUCGGAGCUGCGCCAAUGCUACGGAGUAUUCGCUGCCAGUGGCGGACCGGAGGUCUUUGAGGGCGGUUCGCAAGCACUGGCAUCUAUGCCAUAGCCUGGGUGUUCCAUACGUGCCGCAGGCUCAGGAGGCGCUGGAGCGCUGGCGGAAGGCAGCAGCCAUGGCGGAGAAGCUGAGGCAAAGUGACCAUCGACACGAGCUCUCAGAGGCCCAGGUCAUGGCAGCCAGGUGGCGCUUGACUUGGUGUGCACCAAGUGAAGACCACCAGGCUGAGGUGGGGGACGUGUUGAUGACGCAUCCUCUCUCGGGACUCUUUCAAGAAGUGUACGACCAAGCUGUUCUUUUGGUGGUGGAAAGCAAUCAGGAGGAAGGAUUGGUAAAGGCUUUGAUCCUGAACAAGGACUCAGGAGAAACGCUGGCGCAGCGGAAGACCCUGCCAAGGGGUAGCGUGAAGUUGGUGAACGAGCCAGUCUAUCAAGGUGGUCCUGUAGAUGUUGCGGAGCUUUGGUGGCUGCAUAGUGCCAGCACCGAUGAACUGCUCCGCGAGGGCGCCACUUCGUUGCGCCUAGGGCUGGCCAUGGGUGGAGAACUGCAACGAAUCAGCAGCAGUUCCGUGCGCUUCUUUAAGGGUUGCGCCGCAUGGGCGACGGAACAGCUGCAAACCGAGCUGCAACGUGGCGUUUGGGUACAUGCUCGACCAGGCUUUCAUCGCGGCGGUCGAGAAGCCCUGCAUCAACUGGCACUGGAGGCCCGUGGCGCGUCAGCCUGGCGGGCCGCGCUGCUGGCGACCAACCUGCCAGCGUUGGCGGAAUUUCCUCGUGGCCAUGAUGUGGACACGAUGUUGCAGGAGUAUGUCACUACGCACCAGCGGAAGAUGGCCAUGGAACUCCUGCAAAAAGAUGGCCAGUUUCGGCAGUGCGCCUACACGGCCGCAUUUGUCCCAGUCAGUGGGUCCAAGGUGAUCUUCCAAGCGCCGGAGGGAGAUUCCAUCAGUGCAGCGGCUCAGAUUUUCGUCGGUGACAGCCUCGCGCGCCGCGCCAUGACGCGCCGUGCCAUGAACGUGGAGAGCGCUGGGCAGCGGCCCAUUGGCAACGAGGAGUUUCGCAGCGAAUGGCAACGAGCCGCUGAAGCUGCGCCAAGCAAAGUCUCGAAACAUGCUGCGCUGGCCGCGCUGGCCGAUGCACCCGACCUGGUGGUCCAGGAAGCUUGGGAUAGCAGCACUUUCCGCACCUCUGCUCCUGGUGGAGAUCUUUACACCCAGUGGCACCGGCUCUUCGCGCAUGGCACGUUGGGCGAUGGCCGUGGGGCGGUGGAGUUGCAUUGGAAGGAGGAAGAUGGCUACGGAUACAAGGUUCUGUGGCUCCGCGGGUGGCAAGGCUCCACUGUCCCGACGACCUUCAGCACUUCCAAAGUGGCGCGAGCGUUAUUUCGCUGGGGAUCGUUGGUGCCGUCCCAGAUGGUUAUGGCGGUUAUGGGUCAAGCCAUUAAAGAGUUUUUUUUUUUAAUCAUCUGGGAGAUCUGGGAGCCGAUCGCAAAUUCUCUAUUUCAAGUCUAA